AAAUCUACAACCUUUUUCCACGGCCUCAAAGCAUCGCAACGAAAAAGUCGGAGGCUACUGUGCAAACUUCUAAAAUCGGUUUUCAGAACCUUCGAAUAGGUUCACCGUUUCAAAAAUGUCUUCAGACGAAAUCGUCUGGCAGGUUAUCAACCAGCAGUUUUGCUCGUUCAAACUCAAAACUACGAAAGAGAAGAACUUCUGUCGUAACGAAUACAAUGUCACUGGUCUUUGCAACAGACAAUCAUGCCCUCUGGCCAACUCCCGAUAUGCCACCGUCCGCUCCAAUCCCGAUACGGGCACCCUCUACCUCUACAUGAAGACAAUCGAACGUGCUCACAUGCCAUCAAAGCUGUGGGAGAGGAUAAAGCUGUCGCAGAACUACGUCAAAGCGCUCGAGCAAGUCGAUGAGAGAUUAAUAUACUGGCCAAAGUUCUUGGUGCACAAGUGCAAGCAAAGGCUUACGAGGUUGACACAAGUCGGCAUCAGGAUGAGGAGACUGGCAAAGGAGGAUGAGAGGUUAGGCGAGAGGGUUGUUCCAAAGCUUGCUCCCAAGGUCAGGAGAAGAGAAGAGACGAGAGAGAGAAAGGCGCUUGCUGCUGCGAAGGUUGAGAGAGCCAUUGAGAGGGAGCUGAUUGAGCGAUUGAGGAGUGGCGCAUACGGCGACCAGCCAUUGAACGUCAGCGAGUCUAUCUGGAAGAAGGUACUCAAGGGCCUUGAGCGACAGGGAGAGGGUACCAGAGACGAGGAUAUGGACGAGGGCAUCGAAGAGGAGGAGGAUGAAGAGAUGGAGGAGGAGGAGGAGGGUGUCGGCAUGGUUGAGUACGUCAGCGACUUGGGCGAAGAUGAGGAAGAUCUAGGCGAUCUCGAGGACUGGCUAGGAAGCGAUGCUGAGGAGGGCACUGAUGAAGAUGAGGAUGAUGAUGAGGACAGUGAUAGCAACAGCGACGAGGAGGAUAUUGCAAAGAAGCUUAGCGGGUCCAAGAGGAAGCGCCCAGCAGCGCCAAAGGGCAAGCCAAGGAAGACCGCCAAGAUGGAGGUCGAGUAUGAGGUUGAGGGUGAGACACGCGCAACUACUACAUGAGAUAUGUCGCUGGGGAGUGUCAUGGGAUUGUAAAUAGUUUGAUAGGAGCAUACGUUGAUACCAUAAAACAAUUAUAUGCAAUCGCGAGAGUGCAAAGAUAAUUCAAGACAAUCCACU